AUAUAGACAAUUUAGGUGAUGUCAAUAUAUACCUGCGAUGUCUUGUAGACGCAAUUUGCACAAGAAUGUACCCUUCUGAACAAAGUGGACGUAGGUUGAGAGCGUGGCAACAAAAGGUAAACAUUUUUCUAGCAUUUGCAUAUGAUAUCGGAACUGCGUCUGAAACGCAGUUUAAAUUGCGUGUUAUACACGAUUUAAUUUGCAAUGUGUGCAUUCCAUAUCCCGAAACUAUCGAAAGAGUACUUGCUGCUGCCAAUGAUAUAAAAAAGAUAGAGUUUUUCUUUCAAAACAAUGCCUGGCAAGGUGUUACUGAUUUUGUUCUGGCAUUGUCAACUGCAGACAUUCCAAGAGAAACACAAUUGAAGUGUUUAAGCCAAUUUGCCUUCAGAUGCAUAACUUUUGAUGAAACAAACUAUCAGCCAUGUAUAGUAGUGAUUAAAGCUGUCUUUGAAAAGUGUCAUUGUGAGGGAGAAUUACCUCUAGAACCUAUUUCAAUAGGUGCAGUACUUGAUGAAUGUUGUUUUGAUAUAAAUAAAAGGCUCUUAGAUAAAACAAUAAAAGCAUUGAAGUUUUCUUCUUUUGUGCAGGAACAUUGUGUAUUACGAGAAAUUCUCAAAGUGUGUGAAUCUAAGAAAAAUAUAGGUCCUAUCCUUCUCGUCGCCGAUUUCAUUGAACAUCGUCUCCUAUCAGAAAACAGCCAUUUAUUGAAUACUGAUAUUCUUCUUCAAUCAAAAGAAGGGAGUCCAAUUUUAGACGAACUGUUUGAUAUGAGGGCAGCUUUAUCUAAUCCAGACCUAGACUGGACAGAGGAAUUAUUCAUCAUCUGCUUUCUCCGACGUUUUAUAUUUUAUUCGGCCAAAGCUUUGACAAAAGAUACAGAAAAAGAAAGGCAUUUGUUGAAACAAUUAGAAAAAUUGUUUAACUUUAACAAUGUUAAAUGUCAAAAACAAGACAACAUAUUAAAAAAGUUGCAAAUUUAUCUGAUGAGAUGUAUCAGCAAUGGAUCAAGCUCAUAUUCCAUAUUUCAAAAAGUAGCUGGAUGGAGAAAAUCCUUUGAAACAACAUUAUUUCCCGAUCUUACAGAAGAAAAAAUAAAAAGUUCGUCUGAUGUCUAUCAGCCUGUGGCUAUGAAUUUAGCAGCUUUCGUUCGAAUUAAACAGGAAUUUCAGAUUGAGGAAAAAUUGACAAAAAGCAUCUUUCAACACUUCAUAAACACAGAGCUGACUGGAGUAGUGUUGUAUUUAUAUUCCCACUGUUAUAUUGGUCAGAUAUUUUCAAAACAAUCGGGAGAAGAAACACUUUUAGAUGUUGAUGUUUUGCCAUUAGCAGAAAUUCAAAAAAGGAUAUUGGACUGUUUUAUUUUGAAAAAGACGUAUGCUCUUGAUCAAAUUAAGAUAUUCAAAAAUUGUUCCAGUGAAGCCUUAAAGCACAAUUCGUUUAUUUCUAUGAUCUUAAUAUGGUCUGCCUUCCUUGCUAAUAAAAAUAACAUUCUCUUGGAGGCAAUAGAACAUCCAGACUUUUUUGAAAGUACUAUGUUCUGUGAGUUUUUACAGUCAAGAGUAUAUCACUGCGAUACCUUGUCUUAUAUCUUUUCUUGUGAAAACCGUCAUAGAGUAUGUGCUCUUCAGUGUGAUUCCUGUCCCAUUUGUUUCAGAGGGGAAGUUAAUAGACAAUUUAAGAAUCGACAGUUACAAACGAAAAUGACAGACAAAAGGAAAACGGUCGCUUAUGAAUUAAUAAAACUGAUAUUUCUCGGCGUCCACCUUUCUGCACGUGCUUUGAAUCAUGAUAUAAACAUAUCUGAUGAAGAAAAUGAUGAUAUCAAUGACCGUUUGCUUUGUAGAAUAAAUGCACAGUGGUCAAAAGUCAGUAGCCUUCUUUCGUUGACUGAGAAUGAGGUAUUAAGAUUGUGUUCUUUAGUAUUUGGUAAACUUCAAAACGAAGAAAGUCUUACUAGCCCUGAUGCAUUUCUGAAUGAAAUAGUGGAGGAUAGUUUAAAAAAUCGUUUCUUGCUUCUUGACAAAGAAUGGCAUGAUCUGGAUAAUCACAAUUCUAAAGUACAAUUGAAAAGUUAUAAGUUGUCAACCUUUGUAGAAACAGAGUCACAAACUAGUGAACUUAUUCUAAGAAGAGAUUUUUGUCCAACUCUUGACAAUUUACUCGGGGAAAUUGAGCUUCAAAAUUUAGAAGAUAAAUAUCCAAUUUUGUAUCACAUCUUAAAUCGCCUUUAUUUCUUAAAAUUGAUGAGAUUUUUGGCACCAUGUCUCAAGUGGCACAGAACAAUAGCAGUUUUGGGAAGUUUUUAUCUUAAGAAAAGUGAUUGCAGAAGAAUGACUGUGAAGACAUUUUUGGCAAAUGAAAUGGGACAAAAUCAUUCUUUGAGAUUAGGCGUGCGAUUUUGUGAAUUUAUGAAAAUAUGGAAUGAACUUUCUUCUGAAAAGUACUGUGAAGCACUACUAGCAGUAAAUAAAGAACUUCAAGCUAUAGCUAAUGCCAGUGAAGAUGAACAACUAGAAAAUUUCUUAAUCAUAGACGAGCAUUCUCCGUUGCUUUUGACAAUUGAAGCACUUGUUAAAAUUCAAAAUUCAUUUCUUGAUGAGAUUAUGGAUAUAACAUGCUCAGGACAAUGUUUGGCAACGUCUUUUAUAACAAAAUAUGUAUCCAAAGAAUGUAUUGCAUGUUUUCCCAUCAUACCAGUAUUGGAGUUACAAGAAAGCGACAUCAUACAAAGUGAAUUUCCGCAUGAUUGUCUAAUAUUUUCGCAGAGGAGCUUGACUACAAGCAGAAGAGUAGCAUUCGACUUUCAGAAAAUUGAAGGAGAAACUGCACUGUACUUUUUGUUGGAAGCAAAGUAUAUACAGCUUGAGAGGCAAAAACUCAGGAUUUUAUUCAAAGAUGACAUUGCUCAAAGUUCUGUUGCUCUGCUGAAGAAAUUACUUUCUGUUUGCCCUCAGUCAGAUGCAAAAGAUGAAAGAAUCAAAAAGGUAUUGUCUGUUCUUGCUUCAAACCAGGCAGAAGAAAACUAUAAUUUUUUAACAAUUCUAGGAAUUGCAAUUGCAAUGAUACCUAAAUUACCGAUGAUAGAUCCAGACACUAUUUUGCUGCAUUUUUUUCAAAAUAGGAAGAAUGACUUUUCAUUUAUAUCUUUUGAGAACGCAGUUCCACCAGAAGCAAAAAUGGGCGAUUUAGUUAUGAUAUACCAAUGGCUUGAAGAAACGAAUGGAACCCGAGUUUUAGAAAAUCUUGAUGGAGAGUUUAAAAAAGAGCCACCAAAAGAUUUGGAAAAUAUUUUAAUUGCAUCGAGAUCCAAAUCUUUGGAAUGGAAAUCUAUUGUAAAAGGGAUGAAACUCUUUGCUCAGAGACGUCUGUCAAAUAAAGAAUCACUCAACCUAUCCCAACAGCUUAACAGUUACAUGAAUGACGAGAGCUUUUGGCCAGUAACUCUGGUUCCUACAGACAGAAAGAAACUUUGCAAUUUGGUCCCAUCUGACAUUAAGCUGAAACACAUUUGGGUGUUUUACAAAUGCAUAGAACAACAUAUAAAGCCAAGAUUGCAAACAUCUACUCAUCAUGAACCACGCCAUAUGUUUGAUCCAAACAAAAGGCCACAGAGAAAGAAAAAGUUUCGGAGCUAAAAAAGGAGAUUUAAAAUCUUAAACCUUGAGAGAAAAUCUAUUUCUAAAUAAACAUUUAUGAACUAUGUUAAUCAUCUGACAAACGUAUUUAUAAAUAUAUAUUUAUGAUAAUGUAAAUAGUUUUAAAUAGUUAAAUAACUAGCUUGCAAGUAAUAUUAUGGAAUUUUAAAAUGUUAAUUAGAAUAUUAAGAUGAUUAAUUGUUGCAAAGUUUACCUCUGAGAGAGAGAGAGAGAGAGAGAGAGAGAGAGAGAGAGAGAGAGAGAGAUUCAAAAUCAAAA